AAACAACGACGAGCCAAGGAGCUACAGAGAGAGAGAGAGAGAGUUGGAGGAGGAGGAGGAGGAGAGCGUGGCUUCUUAGAAGAAGAGGAAGAACAACUGCUACUUGACUGUUGCUUUGGUGGUGAGGACAACGAGGGAUGCUCUCCUUCUCCUCCUCCAUUCUGCUGCAGAUGAAGCCCUAGUCGCCACACCUUUUCUGAUAAGUAUUACUCUUAAAUGGAAGUUUGGUCUCCAGACCAAGAUAAUAAUUCAGUUGGGUCUGGACGGAAAAAGUCUAGUGCUUCAUCAAGAGUUCGCCGACAUAGUUCGUCAUCUUCCAGAUGUAAAGAUUUUCUUCGGAAGUUUGUGGAUAGUGAAAUUUUGACAGCAAACCUUGAAGAUUGGCUUUCAGGAAUAUCUGAGGAAUCAGAAUUCAGGAAACCUACUUUUGAUGUUCCUUUCAAAUUUGCACAAUUACAGAAUUUUGAUUAUGCACUUGAAGGUGUUUCAUUUCAACAGUUGAUACGAAUGCCUAGUGCUCUAUAUGCAUCAACCUCUGAUGCAGUGGAAGCGACGGCCCAUCUUGCGAUUGAAGAUUUCUUACAUGCUAGUGUGAAGGGAUUGUGGGAAACUUUUUGGGGUUAUGAUGAACCUGUGCCUUUAUCAGUGGCCUGUAUACACAGUACAAGCUCAAAAUUUUAUCCUGCUGAAAAAGCUAUUGCUAGAGGCAAGCUUGAAGGUAUUUGUGCAACAGCAAUUUUGCUGAGAAGUAGUACGAACUACCAUGGGAAAUGGGAUCAAAUUAUUCAAUUAACACUACUGAGGCCUGACGUUGGUAUGUCUGUGCAGAAUGAUCAGCGGCCUUCUUCAUCUAUUCUUGGAGAAGCACUUUUCUUUGCUCUUCGAGUGAUGUUAGCUAGAACCCUUAGCAAAUCAACUACCAUGGCUCAUAAUGCUAACUGUGUAUUUGUGCUUCUUGUCGAUUCACAAUAUGGUGGAGUAGUAAAAGUUGAAGGUGAUGUUAGUAAGUUACAUUUUGAUGGUAAUGAUGUCUAUAAAUGUGCUGUCAAAUGGAUUGAGAAACAUGCCAAAGUCUCAGUUUCAACUAUUGACCAUAUAUGGAACAAGCUUGGGAAUGCCAACUGGGGUGAUGUUGGAACUCUACAGGCUCUUCUCUCAAUCUUCCAUUGUCUGGUUCAGUUUUGUGGUAUGCCAAAACAUCUGCUCGAGGAUUUGGCGACAGAACAUAGUUCUCGUGUACAGAAUCGCAGAACUGAAAGACAUUUAGUUGAUACACAUGUUAAUGAUACUGGCUUGUUCCGUUUCCAGAAGCAAAGUCAUUCCCCUGAAAUUGUGGAAUUCAAGGACAAAUCCAUAAAGCUUAAUCCUGGAGAAAGAUUGAAGCUGGAGAAAGGGUCAAUUAUAUGGAUUGAUGAUUCAGGCAGUGAGAAGGGUUUUGAGACAAUUGAAGUAAUAUUUGAUAAUGAUGUUGAAAUCUAUAUUGUCACUCCUGUAGAAGAACCAGGAGAGAAACUUAUGCUUUAUGUUGGGUCCAUUUCUUCUAAUUUAGAAUUUGCUUGGGAGGAUAUGGACCUAUGGUACCAGGUUCAAAGACAAACUAAAGUAUUGACUAUAAUGAAACAAAAAGGUUUAGCUAGCCAGUAUCUUCCUCAAAUCAUUGCAUCUGGAAGAAUGAUUCACUCUGACCAGUGUAAUAGACGAGGUUCUGGUGGUACUUGUGGGCAUCCUUGGUGUGGUACUCCAAUCCUAGUAACUUCUCCUGUGGGUGAGACUGUUUCUAGUUUGAAAAAAAAUGGUUUGUUUGGCCCUGAAGAAGCUCUCAGAUGUUGCCAUGAUUGCUUAUCUGCUCUUGCAAUUGCAUCAUCAGCUGGAAUAAGGCAUGGCAACAUCUGCCCAGAGAAUGUGAUCCUUGUAAACAAUGGCGGUAUGCAUCCUUUCUUUUGUUUGAAUGGGUGGGGUCAUGCUGUUGUUGAAGAUAGGGAUCGUCCCCCAAUGAAUCUUUCCUUUUCCUCAACACAUGCUCUACAAGAAGGAAAACUAUGUGCCUCAUCUGACGCAGAGAGUCUUAUCUACCUACUAUACUUUUCAUGUGGUGGUGAAUUCCCAGAGUUGGAUUCUGUUGAAGCGGGACUUCAAUGGAGGGAGAUGACUCUGUCAAAAAGGAUCAUACAGCAGAAGCUUGGGGACAUCUCAGCAGUGCUAAAAGCUUUUGCUGAUUAUGUGGACACACUAUGUAGAACCCCUUAUCCCAUUGAUUAUGACAUCUGGUUGAGAAGGUUGCGAAGAACCAUUAAUGAAGAUCAAGUUAAAGAAAUUGACACGUCCAAAUAAUUCUUUUAUGCCAAGCACUUGGUAGGAGAAAUUGACCCAUCAAUCGUUGGUCUAUACUUUAUGCUCUUUGUUCUUCAAAUAUUGAUGUGAAAUUGGUACGCUGGUGAGAUAUCUCAUACUCUUGUCGAAUGCAUCUUCUUGAGUUACAUAUACUAGUUCCUUUCAUAUGAAGUCGAUAAAGGAAGCUGGAAACUACAGUAUAGGCAUUUUUCAAGGGAGAAAAAGCUGCAUUGUUCUCAUUUUCAAUUACAGAUGAUUGCUCCUUGUAGAUUGCGGUACUUCAUCUUCACAUGUUCACUUGAAAUGUUGCAUUUCUGCCAUUACCAGCAAUGUGCACCUCGGCAGAUCCUUAGUUUAGGGGGCUUCUCGAAGAACCUUUUGCUUUGUUAACUUGUGCUAUAUAUCAUUGUGCUUGGAAGUAAUAGUGUUUGUAGUGCUUUGUGAUUGGCCUGGGUUCAUUCUCUUGAACUUUAAUUCUACAAUCCUCUCCAGUUUCUGGAACACACCGUCCUAUUAAUGUACGUCGAGUUACUUUCUAACAGUGGCAAUUGUGUUCCCUAGAUCUCUAGAGUAUUCCUCAGUGUUGUAGAAACUAUUUGUUUGAUAAUCAGGUGGGAACAUCUUGUGGUAAGUUGCUGCUGUCUCACAGAUGCUUUCCACUGAAGCUGUAGAUGGAUCCAGUGAAGUUUGUCUGUUUUGUGUAAUGGAUCCGUUGGAUUGGUGAAAUCUGGAAAGGAUUUAUUGGGGAUUGCAAUAUGCAUUUGGUGAUAAUAAAAGUUGUAAAAUAUGUUUAUAGUUUUAUUGAUUCA